GCCAAAGCUCUCGUCUGUAAGCAAACAACUAACAAAACUAGUAAAACGAGGUCGAUAUAAGGUAGGUAGGCAGGUUAGUUUUACGAGUCCAUGAUAAAUUUUAAACACUUUAAGUUGAUAAAUUCUAUGACCACCUGCAAACAAUUCACUGAUGGUUCUUUUCCCAUCAAGUGCAAACAAUGUUCGUUGUUAUUCAUUAAUCCGAUAUCAAAACAUCCGUUCUGGCAGUUUUUCCUUGUGAAGUUGACAUAUAUGAGUGUUCCCGACGAAGAUGCUGGUCAAAAGUUUGGACCAUUUGCUGAUAUAUGGAUGGACCAAAUCCCUGAGCCACAGCCUACUGCGCCACCGCCAUAGUUCCCGAUUGCAUGUACCACUAUGGACAUCCUACUAAGUGAAGCUACAGGGCUAAUAGCGCAAACUCGAAUAGGCUUAUAAAAUAGCAUACCCAUCGGCCUGUCACUAAAACUUACACAAUACAAAAACCUAACACGUGCCAAAAUGUCUUCACAACUGCAAAAGAGCAAGCUAUGCUUCAUCGGCGGCGGCAACAUGGCCGGUGCCAUCAUUGGCGGCCUCGUUACCAAGGGCAUUAACAAGCAGAAUAUCUACGUCUCCGAGCCGUGGGACGUGAACCGGGAAAAGAUAGCGGCCACCGGGGUGCGCACCUCCGCAUCCAACGUCGAGGCCUCGCAAGACGCCGACCUCCUCAUCCUCGCCGUGAAGCCGCAGGUGACGAAAGGCGUGUGCCAGGAACUCGCUGGCGCCUGGGCCGGGCGCGCGUCUUUGCCCUUAAUUGUCUCAAUCGCCGCGGGCAUCACGCUGGAGAGCCUGAAGGAGUGGUUCAAGCUAGCGGAUGGGCGCUCCCCCCACAUAAUCCGCGUUAUGCCGAACACCCCCGCCCUGCUCGGCGAAGGCGCAUCAGGCCUCUUCGCGAGCGACGACGUGUCCCAAGAAGAGAAGGACCUCGCCGCAUCGCUCCUAGCCAGCGUGAGUAAAGUGGCCGAGUGGGUAGACCGAGAAGAACUGAUUGACGUCGUUACCGGGCUAUCGGGAUCCGGGCCGGCGUACUUCUUCGCCGUGGUAGAGCACUUGAUUGAAAGCGGAAUAAGUCUAGGACUUACGCGAGAGCAAGCUACUCGCCUGGCAAAGCAGACCUGCUACGGAGCGGGUAAGAUGCUCGUCGAAUCAUCCGACGAGCCGGCGCAGCUGCGAAAGAAUGUGACCAGCCCCAAGGGAACUACGGAAGCCGCGCUGAAAAGCUUCGAGGCUUCUGGACUUAAGGAAGCCGUGGAUAAGGCCGUGAAGGCUGCGGCUGACCGUGGCAAGGAAUUAGGAGAGACACUUGCUAAGUCGUAGUUCGAUGUCUAGGUCUAAGUAACGGGAUGGCUCACGAUCAAAUAUCGUACCCCAGGAGUAUUAGAAUCAUGUUUUAACCGAGUUCAAAAGUAUUUUUCGGCGAUCGAGAUAAAUAAAAAAGCUCAGUCAUCCAUUACUUGCAUGUUCGUUACCUUAGAAAGAUCUAGUGAUAACGAUGGAGUGAACUUGACGACGUUUUGAUUGUAAGAUAGGACGGAGUCACGAAUGGUUUAACCCAGAUUAUUUACAUCAGAAUGGUUUAACCCAGAUUAUUUACAUCA